AUGCACAUUUCUAUCUUCGAGAUCCGCGAAACGCAAAACCCCAGUCAUCCCAUAAAUCAAUACGGAAACGGAGAGUCCGUCAACCCGGCUCAGCUCACAGCCCCUUACAGUGUUGACAAGAUGGGAGAACCAUUUCAUCUCUCAAGUGUAUCCGCAAUUGGCGCAGACGCGCAGAAUACGCGCUUCGUGCCAAUGGCACGGGACAGCUAUAGUCUACCGCUUGAGAACACCGUGUCACUCGAGAAUACUGAAAUGGAUCUCACCCCAGAUAGCAACGCCGAUCAGCCGAGCCCGGCAACAACAACAUCAAACACCCGCUCCCAAUCCCUCUCACAAUCUGGCGGCAACGCCGGCUCAGGCUCACACUCGUCGUACUCACCCAGCCAGCACACGGAUCAUAUUCCCUACCGCCCUUCGCCUCGUAUGACGAACCGAACACCAAAUCAGUCCGCAUCCACACUCAACAACAUCUUCUACUCCACAAGUAACGACAUGAUGAACGCAAACUUCGCGUACGGCGAUACCACGGGUGGCAUACCUUCGGUAGGCGGAGACAUCGACUACAAUAUGGGUAUCUUAGGCAACGAUUGGGACAUGGGCAGUCUGGGCGCCGGCGCCGGCGGCACCGGCAUGACGCCAAUGUCUGAAGGCGCGUGGAACGAUAUGCUGCAAAACAUGAAUAUGGGAUGGGAUUCCGUGGGGCCGCCGCAUGCUGACCCUCUUCACAAAGGGGUGUAG